AUGACUGACUCAUAUUUCGAAAGCAACAUUGCCACCACCGCCCUGAAGGAUCAACUCAGAGCGGUGCAAGCUAAGAACGCCCCGAAGAAGCCUGAAUGGGCCAGUUCUCAACAGAAUGAGCAGCCAGUGUCUACCAAAGGACCCCGACCGCUGCGCCUUGUCGAGAAGUACAACAAAGAGAAAGACGACUCUUCGACCAAUCAGAAUACCCCAAAUCCUGAUACCGCAAGCGCUCAGGAGGCAGAGAUUACCGCCGAAAACCCAUACUGCAGCGGCGCUAUCCAGGACGGCUUGCCUAUCCACAUGGUGGACGCCGAAAAUGGACAACAGCUCACAGAACAUCCCCAUCACCAGAACUCAGAGCACCUCCGUACCCAUGAGGAUGUAGGUACUGAUCAUGUAACUGACCGAGGUAGGCAGCUAACCGAGGAUGGAGAACUGCCGCCAAUCAAGACAUUCUGGGAGAAGAUCGAGUCUGCGCUGUACCUUUACCAGUUGCGAACCCAUGGUGACAACGAGGAGCACCCAUUAUACCGCGCUAGGGCCAAGGCUUUCUCCAUGCAUAAAGCAGUUGGCAUCCUUGCAGCCUUUUCGGCGAGUCUGUUUUUCUCAGUCGGAAUAUAUUUCGCCAAGGAUGACAUUCAACCUCCCCUGAACCUCCCCUUUAUGUUCACCUGGAUCGCUAUCAGCGGCAUUGUUGUCCUCUGGGCCAUAGUGGCUGUGAUCCUGAUCCAAUGGUCUAAAAGAGGACUCAAGCACGACUUGGAGGUUGCCAGAAUGGGAGACGCUUUCAAUGCCACCACUGUUGGGGAUGCUGGCUCAGAGGGAUGUUUUGUGAAUGGUGUGCGUUAUGAGGGCGAGCAGCGUCCCAGACCAGACUUUGUCACGAAUGAAGCUGUUCAGCAAGAGAACGGUCUAGAAGCCUCGGAGACUUCUGGUUCUAGUACGCACUCAAGUCUUGAUGUCAUCCGUGAGUCGAAGAGAAACGGGGCUUACAACACCAAGGAGGAGUUAUCGAAGUUGCCUGGAACACCAGAGUGA